GUGACAGAUUCAAACGCAUUACUUCACCAUCUGACGGCUGUGAUUCAGCUGUUUCUUACAACCCUCUACUAGAAAUGGCUGUAGUACCUAGAAAACGGAAUGCCAUCAAUGACACAACACCGAUGAUCUGCACAAUCCAGGGAAUUGCCAAGAAAGACCAUGUGGAUUACAUCAUGAAAGUUCAAAGGGGAAUCAAUCAAGAUGAUUCUUGGCAGGUUGUACACCGGUAUAGUGACUUUGUCACUCUGCAGGCAACCCUAGAGGUCUCAGGUAUUGAUCUUCCAAUGCCACCUAAAAAGGUAUUUGGUAAUAUGGAUGCAGCAUUCAUUGCAGAGCGACAGCAAGGUCUUCAGAAUUAUAUAAACUUUAUAUUGGCCCACCCAAUUUUAGCGCGACACAUUUCUGUGAAGAGAUUCCUUGAUCCAGCAAAUUACUCACAAGACUUUCGAGAAAUAGCCAUGCAAAAUGUAGCUAUGUUCUUGAGGUCAGUUCCCAAUUGGGAAAUAGUGGAGCCCUUACCUGAUGUUGGUUGGCGUUUAAGGAAGCAGUUUUUCUUAAUAAAGCCUACAGAUCCUACCAAAAAAGAUGUCAGGAAUAUUCUUACAUGGACUGACUAUGGUCCUGAAUUUAGUUUGGAUGAGAAAGAUCUAGAGGCUAUUUUAAAAUUAUUGACUUCUUUACAGCAUCCCUAUAUCUACCCUCCUUCAUUUACCAAAUGUAAUUCAGAGGGAGUUAUAGCUGUUCGGAAUUUUUUCCCAAAUGGAACACUUCGAGACUGUCUCUGUAGGGCCAAACCAAAGCUUAACCAACUUAAGAAAUAUGGAAACCCAAAGACUAGGUCUGCUUUACAUGAACAGAAUAUACAGCUGUUUGGAAGACAAAUUCUAGAGGCAUUGAAAUUUUUACAUGAUAAAGGAAUUCCUUAUGGUCAUUUACAUUCAGGAAACGUUAUUGUGGAAGGAAAUAUUUGUAGAUUACUAGAAAUUGAAAAUGGUCUUUUGGGCAUUCCAUCGAUUCACAGACAUCGCUAUGUUCCUAUGAAGAAACUACAGGAGAAGGAAGCAGAAGAUGUGUACUGUUUCGCGCACUUGUUGUACGAGAUGGCUUUUGGUGAAGCAUUGCGUAGCAGUACACCACAAGAUGUCCCCCCAAACUGCCCAUCACAACUGAGAUCAGUGUUGCUGUCCAUCUUAAGCGACGAGGCGUGCAAUAAGACAGGACUUCCAACUGUUACUGAUCUUCUUGCGAAUCCAUUUUUUACGGCCAUCGACCUUCCCGCUGGUGAUAAGCCUCAACUAAAGAUUCCAAGUAAACUGAAAGAAGCCUUAAAAGCAGCUAAAGAACAGGCUGAAUCUAAACUCAAGGAGGAUCAAAAAACGCUACGACAGUUUCGGAGAGCAUCGAAAGCGCACGCUCACCACAUGUCAGAGGAAGAGAAGAAGAAAAGAAAGAAGUCCGCGAAGAAGUUGCAGAAGGAGGCAUCCCUAUCGGACACAACACAGACAACAGCUCGACCGCCAUCCUCUCCUUCGCCUGCUUCGCGAACUCAAGCUUCUGCCGUACCACCUCCACCCAAGACCCCAGCACAACCACCUCCACCUCCUUCCCAGCCUCCUGCUCAGAAGGCAUCCCUUCCGCCAAAAUCAUCAGAACGAGGCGCUUUAUUAAGCUCUAUCUGUGAUUUUAAGAAGGGUGGAUUAAAAAAGACUGAGACUAUUGACAAAAGCAAGCCUAAUCUAUAGGGUUGUAGAAUUUAGGGCGCUUAUCAUCGGAACCAACUGGCCAAACUGGUCCAUCUAUAAGGACAUUUUCGUUUGCAAGACAAAUUUUCUUGCCGAAUUGUCUGUUUUCAAAAUUUUGACAGGAUAUAAGUAAUAGAACACGAUAUAAAUAAGAGACGAUUCUGAUAAUGUUGAUAACAGCAGCGUUGGAAAGUCUAGAAAAUCUUGAUAAGUUUGUUAGUUGUAUUAUCGUGCGCUGUUUUUCGCUUUUUUGUAAUUAUCAUCAUCGUCAUUAUUAUUAUCAUUGAUGUUAUCGUUAUUGCCAUCAUUAUUUAUCGUUAUGAUUGAACUGCUGGGCUGCUGAGCUCCGAUGGUAAGCGCCUGUACUUGAUUAGGAAAGGUGUCAAGUAACAAUCCAAUAACAAGGUAUUAUUAUGUCAUUUUCACGACACGUUGAAAAAAAUGUUAUUGUAGUUAAAGUUGACGCCGCGUACUUUUGUGAAAAUUUAGAUGUUUUUUCUAAAAUCGAAACAAGCAAGCAAGGAAAACAAAAAUGACGAAAUCAAAGAACGGAUAAUUGUGUCCUAUUAUCUUAGGUGGCUUACCUCGAGAUUUUGUGGUGAGCAUUAAUUUUGUUAAAGGAAAAUGAGAACAUAAUGGUAAAACGGAGAAAAUCUUUCUGUUCUAAAAAAAACUAAGAAAUUGUGAGUUAUUUAAUACCAGCCACUGUUGAUCUUAUUCGAUGUAUGUUGGAACAAUGAAAAGUUGCUUAUCUACAUAACUGCGCGCCUAAUUAAUCCUGUCGCUGUGAAAAUCCUCUUUUGUAUAAGUCUUCGAUAAUUUCCAAAUUACCUAUAUUGAAAGAAAUGCUUCUGCAUCAAUGGUGUUCCAUGUCACGUGUAUACAGUGCGUGUUAAACUGUUAAACUCAAUGGUCGAAGUUGUCUUAAAUCAUGCAUGCGGUAGUAGUGAUUAAUGAAAGAAAGAAAAAGUCCAUGAAACUCUCAAAUUUUAGUGCAAUUGUAACCAAGAAUUUAAUUUUAGUAAUUAAACGAAAUUAGAAAACAA